UCCGAUCUGAAGCUCACGGCGGCGCAGAUCAAGCCUCGCCGGAACAUGUCGUCGACCACUGCACUACCUAACAAAGCCGUGGAAACGUGUUGCCGGCAAGAAAAAUGCGCACGCAUCGCCGGGACCGCCAUCGACCCUAACUGGACGGAUUGGGCGGACCUGAUCGCCGGGCCGGCAGGCCUGAUCGCCGAGCGUGUCCUCGCGGAUGACGUUGCCGACUACCUCCGCUUCCGCGCGGUGUGCCGCACAUGGCGGCGAUGCACCGCGUCCCCGCACGCGCAUGACAGCCUGGACCGCCGGUUCCACCCCCGGCGGUGGAUCAUGCUCGCACAGACCCUCGGCGCCAUCCGGAAGCGCCGUGACUUUCUAAACAUCUCGACCGGGGAGCGCAUCCGGGUGAACCUGCCGGAGCUCCGCUACCAGUACGUGUUCAGGGCCACCUCUGAUGGCGGCCUCAUCGUGCUGUGCGACAAGCGCACCUACGUCGUCCGCCUCCUCAACCCGCUCACCCGGCAGCUGACCACCCUCCCGGCCGCGAUCAGGCAGCAGUACACUGGGAGCACCCAAAGACGUAAUGGCAAGUACACUCUAUGUGGCGAUUGUGCGUUGGUUGCCGGCCUCGCCGACGACUCAACCGUAUUCCUCCACAUGGACCCUUACUAGCUAUUCACCGCCAAGCCCAGCGAUAAGCAGUGGACGCGGUUGCACACCGGCCACAUCAUUACAACCUUGCCAUUCGCGGGCUGCUUCUACUGCCUCACCGAGACAGCCCUCAUGGGGGCGGACACGACCGCGUCCACAAACCCGCAGCUGGCAGUGGCGUCCGAACUGGGUGAUAUGGGUUCUGCGCGGUAUGAUCAAACCGUGAAAUUAGUGGACAACGACGGGGAACUAGUUCUUGUGUGUCGGAUCAUGCGUGACAAUAACAACACUUUCCGGAAAGGUUAUGAGGUGUACCGGGUGGAUCUGGAGGCAGGAAUCACCCUACCGAUGCAGCAAGGAAUCGGUGGGCGCGCCUUGUUUGUCUGUGAGUGACCCUAGGGGCUGGGGCAUGCUCUUUUGUUGUCCACCAGGCUAUCCAAUCAUGUUCGUGCUGACACCGUCUACUCGUGCAACCGCCAUGUCGAUGGCCCACCGUGGAUCGAGGCCUACCUUCUCCUUUAUGGCGAUACGCGGUUAUGCAGUGCUACUAAGACUAGCCACAGUGGGAAUAACUUUAGCAGU